AUGAAACCGAGCUCUCUCGUCGUGCUCCUCGACUCUCUCAUCCUGCCGCGUCUCCGCAGCCUGCGCCUAUCCUCCUUCUCGAUGCCAGGAGACAUCCACCUUCAUCUCGUCCUCCGCCGCCUCUCCACGCACUGUUUCGCCUCCCUGCACACGCUCACGCUCCGCGAGGGCUCCAUCGAAGAUGGCAGGCUCAGCAAGGGUCUCGAGGGCCUCGCCGCACUCGUCUCGCUCGCGCUGGAUCAGAUGUACAUCGGCACGCGCUCUCCUACGCGUUCGCGCCCGACGGCACGCUCCUGCGGCGCCGCGACGGACCUCGCCGCGUACCACACCGCGCUCGCGGACAUGGUCGUGUCGCGCUGCUGCGUGCCACCCGGCGCGCGCGUCGCGCGUCUCGAGGCGUUCUGUCUCCCGGGCGGGUAUGCGCCCCGCCUACGCGCGUCGGAGACGAAGCGGAAGCAGGGCGCGCCGAAACAGGAGGCGCGCAUUCACCGGUGCUGCAAGGACAGCGGGCUCGUCUACCGCACCAAGUGCCUGACGUCGUGCGAGUGGUGCAAUCCUCCCGAGGGCAUAGAGACUUGA